UUUUAUCCUUUCUGAACUUUGGAUGCUCUGAGCAUUUACAGUUGCCUCAAAAUUCAGCAAGAACGUCUGUCAAACAAAUCAUAGCCAAUCUAAAAUUAUAUAACCAUUAUUUUUUUUUGUGAAUUUCACACAACUUCAGUAGGUCAAAAACUAUCGCUGUCAGAAUUUGCAGGAGUUUGCAGAAUUGCAGAAAGGAUAUGCCUUGAGAAUAAAACUCUAACCAUUUCAGAAAGCGAGUGCUCAUCAUCUCACAGCCAAUCCAACCAAACCAAUCCUCUCGAUCUCAAUCCCACACGCAACACCAAUCUUUCUUCUUCCUCGCCGCCACGGCCGGCGUGGCGUGGCAUUGUGCAGUUGUGAUCGGUCGAACAGGUGGUGGGCGGCAAUGGCGGCGGGCGCGGAGGCGGCGGCGGAGUCCAUGUUCUUGCCGUUCUUGGCGAUGUUCGCGGCUAUAUACCUCGUCGGGUACCUCGUCGUGUUCCGGCGGUGGGGCGGCGCGCAGAGGGCGGAGGCGUCGAGCUGCUUCGCGUCGCUGUUCCACGGCACGCCGGCGGCGGCGCUCGCGCUCCGCGCCGUGCUGUCCAACCCGCGCGGCUGCUGCGUCGGCGUCGCCGGCGACCUCGCGGCGCCCAACACGCGCGCCGACGAGCUCGCCCUCGACUUCAGCACGGCCUACUUCGCCGUCGACCUGGCGCACUACCUCGUCCUCCUCCCGGGCGAGCGCCUCUUCGUGGCGCACCACCUCGCCACGCUCUACGUGCUCGCCACCUGCCGCGCCGCGGCGCGCCGCGGCGCCUGCGCGCUGCUCGUCAUGGAGGUGCUCGCCGAGGCCACCAGCCUCGCGCAGAACCUGUGGACGCUCGCCGGCAUGCGGCGCGCCGGCUCGCCCGCGGCGGCCGCGGCGCACGCGCGGCUGUCGCUCCCGUUCUACGCCGCGUACACCGCCAUGAGGGCGGUGCUCGGGCCGGCGUGGUUCGUGAGGAUGGUGCGGUUCUACUACGCGUCGGACGGCGGCGGCGGCGCCGGCGGCGAGGCGUUGCCGGCGUGGGCGCGGGCGUCGUGGACGGUGGUGAUCGGCGCCGGGAUCGUGGUGAGCGUGCUCUGGGUGAGCAACCUGUGGCUGGAAUUCUUCAGAGAAAACAAAAGAAAAGAGAGCAGCAAGGAGCAGUGACUGCAUUUCUGCACUUCUGUUGAAAUUUUUUUUGCAUGAUUUGGAUGGAUGCAAUUUUACAGGAUUUUCAUAAGAAUCAAACUAAUUCAUGUGAAAUUCUUGUAAGAUCCCUUCGUUCCAAAGUAUACUCAUUUAGAACAUUAGGGCUUUUCUUUUCACGAUUUUUGCAUAAAUUAAACUGAUUCUUACAAUGCUCGUGUAAAGUUUCUGUAUUUAAAAAUGACCUUAUUUUAUUUUUGUGCUC